AUGUCGGCGAAAAUAGCAUCCCCAACCACUGCCCUCGCCAUCACCAAUCCCUUGGUCUUAUAUCGUAGUCUCCUUCAAAAAAAGAUCAUAGAUCCAGAUGCCUCUCAGUAUCGACUUGCGCUGCAACUUCAGAAUCUCUACUAUUCUCUGAAAGACUAUACUCCCAAUACUGAAUAUGGAAAUCGUCUGAAAGCCCUUAGUCGAGUUGUCGACAAAUUUCCAACAGGGGACAAUGACCGAUCCGUAGCGGUUCCUGGUCAUCCAUUAAGACGAAAUCCAUUAUUUUUGCACCUAUUCUCUCGAAAUGAGCGCCGCGAUACACUCGCUUUGACGCGAGUGCUCACCAAUCAUGAGGAGGCUGUGAACAUCGACUCCCCGAGGGGUCUGCUACUUCACGGAGAAGUGGGUACAGGCAAAAGCAUGCUGGUCGACUUGCUUGCCGAAUGUCUACCGAAUAGCAAGAAAAGGAGGUGGCAUUUCAAUACUUUCAUGUUGGAAACUCUAGCGCGUCUAGAGCAACGUCGUUUGGAAAGUGCAAAUUUGGACUCGGAGCAUUCUCUAUUAUGGUUGGCGAAAGACAUGAUAGAAAAGUCUCCAAUUCUCUUUUUGGAUGAGUUUCAGUUGCCGGAUCGAGCUGCAAGUAAGAUUAUAAGCAAUCUCUUUACCGCAUUCUUCCAGCUGGGUGGUGUUCUUAUUGCAUCAUCGAAUCGAAUGCCCGAUGAGCUCUCUAAAGCUAGCGGUAUGGAUUUCACAGCGCAGACCAAAGGAGGGCUUGUGAGCAAUAUAUUGGGCUUGAGUGGUGGAAGACAGCCAAGCAUGUUUCCAGCAAAUAACGAGUACGCUGCGUUUGUGGAGGUUUUAAAAGCUAGAUGCGAUAUUUGGGACAUGAGAGCAGAAAAGGAUUGGCGACGGAGAGAAGUAGAAGAUGCUGAAACUUCAGAUAUCACCGAGGCGAUGCGGGAGGAGUUUAUUGAAGAUGUUUCUGGAAAGAGAGGGGCUUCACCUGGAAUCUUUGAUCUUCAAAGAGACUCGUCGAAAAACGAGUCAACGGCGGAAAAGGCCACAAAGCCCAUGGAAUAUAUUCUGCUCUCAGACACUAAAGAAACGUGGGACGAAACAGUAAGAUCAGCAUUGCCGUUGGAUAUGCAAGAUACGAUUCCUGAAUGGCAGUCUACAACCAUCUUAGUCUAUGGUCGAAAGGUGCCAGUACCACAUCACUGUGCGGGAGUUACAUACUGGACAUUCGCAGAACUCUGUGCCAGUACCUUAGGACCAGCAGACUACAUCACCUUGGCGUCAACAUUUCACACCUUGAUUCUGGACAAAGUGCCAGUUCUUCAUCUCUCACAAAAGAACGAAGCAAGGCGAAUGAUCACACUUUUAGACGCUCUGUACGAAGCACGCUGCAAGCUUAUUAUCCACGCAGAAGCGGGACCCGAUGAUCUAUUCUUCCCCGAAACCACCGCAGUGCAAGAUGGAAAGAGCCAGCAAGAUGAGAAUGACGGCGGUGAUGCCGUCUACCCCGAAACACUGUCUGAAGUCUACCAAGACCAAACCUCCCCCUUCAGGCCAAAUAUCUCAGCGUACACCGAAGAACCUAAAGCAGGCUACGACCCGGAUGAAGACUCGGAUUUUGGCCCUCUGCCUGGUAAAGGGAAUGAGAUUGGACGACAAAUUGACUUUGGAAUGACUAGUUCUUUCACUGGAGAAGAUGAACGGUUUGCGUAUAAACGGGCAAGAUCACGGCUGUGGGAAAUGUGCGGUGCGAGAUGGCACGCGAGGUCUGAGCCGAACUGGUGGAAUCCUUUGCCACUGGAAGUGAGAAGAUGGGAACGUUCUUCUCAAGCAGAUGUGACUAUCCCUGAGGUAUUGUCUGUAGGCAGUGAUGUGAAGAUCGGGGAUUCGAUUGAACUUGAUAAGCCCGCGGGAUUGCAGGGAAAGGAAUUAGAGGAGAUGGCAAGCAGACCGAAUGGACCUUUUCGUGAAAAGCGGGAUCCACCAACCAAGAUUGGAUGGACUCAUGCUUGGGGAAUGAUGAAAUGGGGAAAGAAGGCUGGGCCUUGGGGUCAAGGACCGGAAGGGUUAGACUCUAGAACAAAGAAGUGA